AUGCACAAAAGGCUCCUUACUGAUGAUGAAGUCGAAGAACUGAUGGUGUAUGGCUCGAGACGUGGGGUUGACGUGGUCUGCGAUUACGUAGGAAGAAGCCUAGAAUGGGAACCAGAAAUAGAGGAAGAUGGUGAACAACUGAUGGACAAGCCGCUGUAUACCAUCAAAGCAAACAUCUACAGACCUCAAUCCAUGGAGACUGUACGGUCUCCAUGGCCGGCAGGUAUUCCUCUCGGACACUGGGUCUGUACAGUCUCCAUGCCCGAGAGGCAUUCUCCCGGCCAUGAAGAGUGGUACGUGGGCGGGUGGGAUCUCUCCUGGCCAAGGAGACAGUACAGGCUCCAUGGCCGAGAGGAAUCCAUCUCAGUCAUGGAGACUUGUUCAGACCCCAUGCCCGGGAGCCAACCCCCCUCCAGAAAAAAACACCACGGAAUCGAAGUCCAACUCCAACUCCUAAAUCUACCAGGGUUUUGGAGCCGCCCGGUCCCAAAGUUGGGUCCUGGCGAUAGGCCGAGGACAUGA